AUGGUAACGCUGAGGUUGAUGUGGGGACUCCUGGUCCUGUGUGUGGUGGCAGCCUCUCCCCCCAGAUACGCCCGACAAGCAGAACUAGACAACUAUGACAACAACAACGUGGAUUUAGACCGAAAUGUGGAUGUCGACGAUGUCUAUGACUAUUAUGAUGCAAUUGAUGAACCACAGAUAGAGAUUGGCACCUUGGGCCCUGAUGAGGACAUUGAUCCUUCACAUGUUGCCUCAUUGGAGGAGGAAGAAGAGGAGGAGAAUGAAUUGCCCAUAAAGCCUCAGCUUAUUCCGUCAGGCUCUGGGGAGUCAGGGACUCUGAUGGGCCCUAGUGCUCAGGGAGAGGAGGAGCUUCGUCUGACGCCCAUUGACAUCCUUCAGAUUUCCGGGGACAUUUCCGGUUCUGGUGACUUGGGCUCUGGAGCCUCGGGCUCUGGAGCCUCUGGAGACUUGCUCGAUGAAAAAGCUUCCGGUUCUGGAGAGCCUUUGGGCUCUGGAGGUUCUGGGGCCUCUGGUGACAUUUCAGGAUCUGUGGACUCAGGAGACCUUGGUUCUGGAGUCUCUGGGCUUUCUGGUUCAGGCAUAAUAUUGAUCUCAGGUGGAGAGGAGGAGCUCCACCUGAUGUUUGAAACCCUUCCACACGAGGCCUCUGGGGAUUUUGGGGAGUCUGGAAUCUCUUGGGUGUCUGGAGCCUCUGGGUUACCUGAGGUGUCAGGGGAGCCUGCAGCCUCUGGGCUAUUUGGGUUAUCUGGAGAGCCUGUGGCCUCUGGGGUACCUGAGGCAUCAGGAGAGCCUUUGGUCUCUGGAGUACCUGAUAUGUCAGGAGAAUCUGGGGCCUCUGGGGUAUCUGGGGUCUCAGGAGAACCUGGGGUCUUUGGGGUACCUGAGGUGUCAGGAGAGUCUGGGGUACCUGAGGUAUCAGGAAUGCCUGGGGCCUCUGGGGUACCUGAGAUGUCAGGAGAGUCUGGGCUCUCUGGGGUACCUGAGGUAUUCGGAGAGUCUGGGACUUCUGGGAUGCCUGUGGUGUUUGGUGAGUCUGGCAUCUCUGGGGUGCCUGAAGAGUCUGGAGAGUCUGGGAUCUCUGAGGUGCCUGAGGUCUUUAAAAAGCCUGAGACCUCUAAAGGGUUUGAAGAGUCUAGCGUACCUGAGGAGACUGGAGAGCCCGUGGACUCUUUGGAGUCAGGAGAGUCUGGGGUGACUGAGGCGCCAGACGUCACCACUGACCUAUUAAUUCCUGACCUAGAUGAAGAGGAGGAGAUACUCCUAACUACCCCGACCACUCCCCUGGAGGGGACUGGGGGUGAUAUAGGGUCAGGGCUACCUGAUAUUGACACAGAUAUUGACACAGAUACAACAGGUAUGGCUACCUGUAUGCUGUGCACCUGUCUGGUCGGAUCUGUGUACUGUGAUGACCUUAAGCUGGAGCGUGUUCCUCCCCUCUCCAAAGAAACCACUCAUUUCUAUGCCCGCUACAAUAAAAUCGCCAGGAUCAGCAAGUCUGACUUUGCCAACUUGAGUAUAUAAAUUAAAGAGAUAGAUCUGACUAGCAACGGCAUUUCCAGGAUUGAUGAUGAUGCUUUCUUUGGCCUUCCUGCUCUGGAAGAGUUGAUAUUACGAGAGAACAGUAUUAGACAACUUCCUGCUCUGCCACCCUCUAUGACUCUUAUUGAUGCCUGUCACAACCAGUUGGGUAACACUGGCAUCCAGAGUGAAGCUUUCAAGGACAUGCCAGGGCUACUUUACCUUUACUUGACUGACAACAACAUAGACCACAUCCCAGUUCCCUUGCCUGACAGUCUGCGCUCCCUGCACCUACAGAAUAACAAUAUCCAGAUGAUGCAUGAGGACACCUUCUGCAAUCCGCAUGACUUAAAUUACAUUCGCAAUGCUCUGGAGGACGUUCGCCUGGACGGUAAUCCCAUCAACCUCAGCAGAACCCCACAGGCCUACAUAUGUUUGCCACGUAUCCCCAUCGGUGCCCUUAUUUAAGCCGAAAAAACGCACACUCAAAUGCACACGUACAAAACUCACACGUAUGCACAUGCAUCAAAACUCCUCUGUGCGUACCUCUCUCCUUUUUUUUUUUUUUUUUUUUUUUAACUUUGGGCUCAAGCAAACACUUGGAUAUGAAUGGCUGUCUUUAAAGGAGGUUGGCAUAAAUACAUAAACUCACACUCUCACAGGAGUUCUGGUGGACACUUCCAA